AUGUCCAUUCUUAUACCACACUUCGACAACUAUCGCUCGGACCCUGUGACCCUGAGCGGCAACCUUUUGACCACAGCACCGGCCUCGGAUGCCGACGACACGAGUGAUCCCGCACACUAUCUGGUUCGGAAACCCACCUUCUCGGCAAACCUCCCGUCCCCCUCGGUCUAUACCUACGUAUCUUUCCGCUCGUCACGGAUGCGCACCCCCGACGACCCCUCAUCCCCACACUUGCUGACCCUCCACUUCGGCCAAGCCAGACCCACACAUACUGUAUGGGUUAUCUUCACUGUGUCACCGUGCGACAUGCGGUAUGACACACACUUUUUAUCUCGACCCACGUCCAUACAACACCACUUCUUUCAAGAACAUCCGGGUCAUAACCCCCACUUUUCACCUUUGCUUUCAUUCUACGGUAAUUGCAUCCCUUGCCAUUCGGUUCCAGAGUCAGAUACUCUGUCCACCAGCUUGGCUGUGCUGGAGAGGGAGAGAAUGAUGCAGCUCGGACGACUGCCGCUUGCACUUCGAACGGCGGACCGGUCUUCAACCUUUACUUUACAGACGGCUCAACGAAGCUCAACAAUGAUGCUCCCCUGUCUUGCUAUCGGUGGUCCUUCCUCAGACGUCCCACUUUGCGGUGGCUCGAACGUGUACGCCGCCUCAUCUGCGCAGAAAAGCCACCACUCCUGCAUCCCGCUUCUGUACGCCUUACGCCGUUUAAGCGAGACGCUUCCAUGCCGCGGUCCGAAAACCUUUCCCCACAACUUUUUCUUGUACACUGCCGGAGGUACAUACAAGCAAAAGCAACUGCUGCGGAGGGUGGCAGGAACAGUGAAACGUCCGCAAGAGCUCGCGUAG